AUGGACCUACACGAGACCCAGCGUCUCCUUUCCGAGUACCUGCAGGAACUCGCCAACCUCUUCCACCGCGUUCCCGGGUCUGCCAUCUUCCUCCGCUACGUGAAAUCCAGCUACCAGGAUGAUCCAAUUCGGUCAGCCGUGGAAUUGUUCCUGUUUCUCUUCGCCGUCCGCUAUCUGCUGGCCCCGAAAUACUCCACCAAGCCUGGCGUCGUGCCCUUGUCCGAUGAUGAGAUUGACGACCUGGUGGACGACUGGGCCCCGGAGCCCUUGGUCGGCGAACCAACGGCCCUAGAUGAGAUGGAGGUUGAGAAACGCGUGGUUAUUGUGGGCCCCGUCGGACCCAAAUCCAAGCUGUCUAAUGGCCGAACCGUGACCAAUCUCGGGUCCUUCAAUUUCUACAACUUCAACACGAACGAAGCCCUCAAGGAAAAAGCAAUCCAGACUCUACGGAACUACGGCGUGGGCGCCUGCGGUCCCCGCGGUUUCUACGGUAAUCAGGACGUCCAUAUGAAGACGGAGGCAGAUGUGGCGUCGCACCUCGGCACUGCGGCAUGCAUCAUCUACUCCCAGGCUUUCUCGACCAUCUCCAGCGUGAUCCCCUCGUUCUCAAAGCGGGGUGAUAUUAUCGUCGCCGAUAAAGGGGUCAACUUUGCUAUUCGGAAGGGUAUCCAGAUCUCACGGAGUAUGGUCCGUUGGUACGAGCAUAAUGAUAUGGAGGACCUGGAGCGCGUGCUUGCCAAGGUCACUAAGGAACAGGCGCGGAAGCCUCUUACGCGGAGAUUCAUUAUUACGGAGGGUCUUUUCGAGUCAUAUGGUGAUAAGGUGGAUCUGCCCAAGAUUAUUGAAUUGAAGCUCAAGUACAAGUUCCGCCUCAUCCUGGAUGAGACGUGGUCCUUCGGGGUCCUGGGCCGCACCGGCCGUGGCAUAACGGAGCAUCAGAACGUCGAUGCAGCCGAAGUUGAUAUGAUCGUUGGCUCGUUGGCUGGACCUCUCGUUGCUGGCGGAGGCUUCUGUGCUGGCUCCGAGGAGAUUGUCCACCACCAACGCAUUUCCGCUGCGGCAUACACGUUCUCUGCGGCACUUCCAGCCUUGCUCUCGACCACUGCCAGUGCCACCAUCAACAUCCUGCAAAACAGCCCGGAGCUCAUCUCCCAACUGCGGGAUCUUGUCAAGGCGAUGCGGGCUCAGCUGGACCCCCGGAGUGACUGGGUGUACUGCACCAGCUCUCCAGAGAACCCGCUGGUGAUCUUGGUCAUCAAGCCCGAGGUAGUGGCUGCCAAGAGACUGUCGGAGGACGACCAGCAAUUCUUGCUUCAAGAUGUCGUUGACGAGUGCCUCGCGAAUGGUAUUCUCAUCUCCCGUCUGAAGAUGCUCCAUGACAACGUCCAGCCGAAGCAGAUCGUCCCUCCCGCACUGAAGGUCUGCGUGACGACCGGCCUUACCAAGAAAGAGAUUGAAAAGGCCGGCACGAUUAUUCGGCAUGCUAUUACUAAAGUCAUGACCAAGAGGAAGUGA